CACAAUCACAAGGAGACGACAUCUCGUCGCGCGAGGUUGUCGUUCCCGCGGAAGAUGAUAUUUCUCCAACACGAGUGACCGAUGCACAUUAUUAAAAUAAAUAGUGCCCUAAAAAAUUGUUUAGUGUUUGUAAGACUGUAAAAUCUGUGUUUAACUGCUGUUAUGAUAAGUGAGAGACUGGAAGCUCGAUCUUGUGGAAUUGGACUUUUUUCGUUACAAUAAUUUCAGACGACGUGCGAUAGCGUAAAAGUUAUCCACGAUUGGGCGCCGUCGCGGACGCGCGUCGCGGGCCAUGCAGGGAGCCGCCAGUGCAUCCGCGCCUCCCGCGGCCGAGCCUCCUGCAUCCCAACAAAUCAAAACAGAAGUCAUCAGCGAGGCUAAAGUCGAAGCGGAUAAUCAGGAAGAGGAGGACAUGAAGAUUGAGCAUGAGACGCGCGCGACGCGCACCACUAGCAUUGAUAGCGAUAACAGAUCAGAUAGAAGCGAAGAAGAAGAUUGUAGACGCGCCCGAAAGCGAGCCGCUUCAACUUCACCUUCGCCUAUUCCACUGGACAAGAGAACCGCUCGAUUCGAAUGCCCCAAGUGUUUCCAGCGUUUCGAUUCAAUAAAUGCCUUUGAUUUCCAUCGCUUCACAGCGCACGGGGAUGAUACAAGAUCCGGGUAUGACGAUUACGUAGAUUACUCCGCUAAAAAAAUUCCAGAUAUGCUACGAAGUUCACACGUAUCUAUCUCGGAGCAACGCUUUCGAUGCGAAUAUUGUUCACGCGAUUUUCCAUCAGGACAAAUCUUGGAUAUUCACAGAAAAACGUGUACAUCGUCUACUCGAAUAUCCAGCCCUGAUCGUGAUCGGAGGGAAGAUUUUUUUGCUAAACUGGAUCUAAGAAAUAGGUCUUUUGGCAUACCAGGUACCUUAACUCCACCGAUGGAUCGAUUCACGCCUAAAUUUGAUGAUCAUCUUAAUAAUGGAAUAAGGCAUAUAGAUGCUGCCAGAGACCUGGCUGAUAUUCAAUCCAUACUUAACGUCACUUCUGCUGGAAGUCUUUUAGAAAGACUGACGGGGACGAGGGUUGCAUUGGAAAGUGCAGUAUUAACGCCUCCCGACACAAUCGUUAAAGAACGUGAACAGGAAGAAACACAAGAUAAUUUCGCAGCAGAGUUCAGGCGAAUGAAAUUGCGAGGUGAGUUCCCUUGCAGGCUGUGUCCCGCUAAAUUUCCAAACCUCCGUGCUUUAAAAGGACACAACAGAGUACAUCUUAGUGGAACUGGUCCCGGCCCGUACCAGUGCAACAUGUGUCCUCAUGCAUCUUUGGACAAAGCAGCUCUUGUUCGGCAUAUGCGGACACACAAUGGCGACAGGCCUUAUGAGUGCGCUGUAUGCAAUUACGCAUUUACAACAAAAGCCAAUUGUGAACGUCACUUACGUAAUCGUCACGCCAAAGUGACAAGAGAGGACGUGAAGCGAUCGAUUAUUUAUCAUCCAUCAGAAGAUCCUAAUAACGACGAAGUAAAUUCAAAACUUGCUCGAGAAGAAGUUAAGAGAUCGUUAGCAUUCCACACGCCAGAAGUAGAAAGACGCAGCGAACCCACAGUUCGUAGUACAACACCACUGACACAUUAUAAUCCCAGUUUUAUAACAGAGAGACAUCCAGUAACUUCGCUCACAAAAGCUUUACCCGAUACACCCGCUUUAACCCCGAGAGAAUCAGACCCGCCAAUGCCCAGAAUCAAAGUUAAGGGUAUCGGACAACUCACGCAAAUACCUGAAUUCAGACCUCCCGAUCUUUCAUUUAAGACCAAUGAUCUACCAGAAACGUAUAAUGAUGAUGCUCCAGUAGACCUUAGUACGAGUGACAACAAUAGUUGCGAUGUGUUAGAUCUUAGCAAGAAAAAACGCGAUACAGAUGAUGAUGAACCUAAGGCACCAUCGCGUCCCGCAUUCGACAACUCUGCGUCUGUUGCGGCAUCAGCAGCCGCUACGGCUUACGAAAAAACAAGAUUAAUUCUCGCUCAGCAAAGACUUUUUGAGAACUCUCUACCUAAACUUGAUCCUUCUUUUUAUGCAACUCAACUGUCUCAACUUUACGCCAGUGCUGUACCUGGCCUGCCAGGUUUACCCAUCCCACCUUCAUUUCCUAUCAACCCAUACUUUCUACAGACCUCUUUUUUUCCUCACCCAACCGAUUCUCAAGAGAUAACCGAAAUGAAACAACGUCUACAAAAAGAAAUCAUCCGAAGCCUUAGCAUGUCUGGAGGUAGGUUAGUUACAAACGAAUCGGAAACCCAACCCAAACAAGAACCUGAAGAGGAAGAACAAAAGCCUAUCCAAGUUUCUACGACGCCAACCCCACCACCUCAUUCAGAAUCUCCACGUCCUAUAACAAAUAAUAAUCUUGUUUCUCAAAAUGAUUCCGUUAAGAUGGUGAUAAAAAACGGCAUUCUUAUGCCUAAGCAAAAGCAAAGACGCUAUCGUACGGAACGACCAUUUUCCUGCUCCCAAUGUUCAGCGCGAUUUACACUUCGUUCAAACAUGGAACGUCAUGUAAAGCAACAGCAUCCUCAACAUUGGAGUGUCAGGCGCCCAACACCAAGAGCACCUCCGCCAUACCCUACACCUGACACACUAGCUGAUCGAGUCAAGUAUGCGUUGUUAGCACGUCAUUUGGAAAGACCAUUGCAAACCUCUGAUCGCUCACCUGUAAGAAGAGACUCCGACGAAGUUGCUGACAACGAGGAAGACGAAGAUGAUACACUGGUUAUCGACGAGGAAACGGAUGAUCAGAAACUAGAUGAACAUUCAGCCGCACAUAGAGCUGCUGCGGAAAUUUUAAUGGCUACACGUCAGCAAGAACUAAAUAAGGACUUUGAUCUUAAGAUAGCUGGUAACCUUAUUAACAAACCAAUCCCAAUUACCACUGAAAAAACCGAGACCGGAGUAGAAGGAGUUUCAAGCCAAGAUAACGUGGUGCCCGUAGUUCCAACUCGAAGUGAUGAAGAGGAGGACGAAGAAGGUCUGGUCGCAUCCACUAGCGAGGGAAACAACUCUGGCAGCGAUGAAAAUAAGUCAGAAUCGGAUACUGGUAUACAACCUCCAAAAAAGAAAUCAGCUUACAGUCUCGCACCGAACCGCGUAUCGUGCCCUUACUGUCACCGCAAAUUCCCCUGGUCUUCAUCUCUCCGACGACACGUCCUUACACACACAGGGCAGAAGCCGUUUAAGUGUCCCCACUGCCCACUCCUCUUUACAACUAAGUCUAACUGCGACCGCCACUUGCUCAGGAAACAUGGAGGAUCAGCUAAAGCCAUUUUGGCUGAACCUAUCCAAGAUUCCAUUACGCCACCACAGACGAAUGAUAGAAGUGUACCAGAAAGACCUUUUAAGUGUGCCUCGUGUCCAACGAGCACUUUUUCGUCUCUGGAAACGUUAAAGAAGCACAUGGCGUCUCGACAUGGAACGGGAGAUUCGCAGCCAAGUUCUCCGAACCCUGAUGAAGAAGUAGAUGGAAGCUUAGUCUUCAAAUGCCAUCUCUGCGAGGGUUCGUUUGGUGACAGAACAGCUGCCUUGGAACAUCUUGCGUCAGCGCAUUCAGCUGAGUACGAACAGUUGGUUAGCAAGGGCGCAUUAGACGCAGCUAGUGAUCGUAGCGAGAGUGCCGAUGAUGAUGAUAGAGGAAAAUUCCCGGAUCAUGCGAAUAGAAAGGUCGUCUGUGCCUUCUGCAUCCGUCGCUUCUGGUCGGCGGAGGAUCUGCGGCGUCACAUGCGCACACAUUCCGGUGAGCGACCGUUCGCCUGUGAUCUGUGCAGGCGACGAUUUACAUUGAAGCACAGUAUGCUGAGACACAGGAAGAAGCACAGGGAAGAAACCGAUGAUGAGGAAUCCUCGCCAAGAGAAGACACAUCUAAUGGUUAUCGCUACCAAGAAGACGAUGGCUCCGGUAACGAGGUCCCAUGCAACGUGAACAACAACAACUCGCCACCCGCCGCGCCAUACGACAAAAAACUCAAACUGGAAAUGACAUCGCGCAAAUAUUCAUCCGAAGCCGAAAACGACACCGAAAAUGGAGGUGACCUGAUCGGCAAACUUCUUGGUAUCCCUGACAAGACCAUCAUCAACAAACUGCUCUCUUCAGCAGACGAAGCCGCUAAAUUCUUAGGAGUGAACAAAUGAGAGUACGCCUUAGUCCUCGUGACUCCAGCUAGGCUUAUCUUAGCACCGCGAGGACUAAAAGUUCCACAUUUAAAAACAAUCGAGAAUCCUUCUACAACGCCAUCUACCAACGAAUAGUUGUAUCAUUUUAGCAAAUGCUAAGUUUCAUUUAUACUGCACAGCGACAUCUAUUGUCAAAUAGAUGUGCUAUUCGCAUAAAAUGACUAUCUCUUGAAUAUAUCGUUUUACAACAUUGUAAAUAAGCUUAAUAAGAUAUGUAGGUGCCUUUAGAUGCCUUAAUAUAGCAUAUACCGUCCUAUUCUGCCUUAUCCUAGGUACUAUAUGAACAUAUUAAAUUGUGGGUGACGAGCAACGAAAUAUUUAGUGCCAGUUUAGUACACUGAACUUUGUAGUGUUACAUUUUGUCUUUUUAUAUUGUAAUGUAUAUAUUAUAAGAUACGAUUGGUUUGAAACAGUACCUAAUAAUUUAAGAUAACUAUAAACUAGCUAAAACACGUAUGCAUUUUCAUCUAGUCGCAUUAUUCACGUUUUUUUUUUUUCUUAUCUUCACCAUUAUUUCAAUUUCCAUUUUCAUAGUUGUGAAUAUCAACCAAAUACUUUUCAAAUCCAAAAUUUUCUAGUCAAUUAUAUUUUCUUUAUAAAUAUCGACUUAAAUAACCAAAUGUCAGUUUUCAUGAUAAAUUUUAGUAUAAUUAAGAUAUAAAUUAGUUAUAAAACGUCAUUUAAUUAUAUCCUACCAAUGAAUAGUAUAAAUUCGUGCGAUGUACUUAUGUAUUUUAAAUUGUAACUAUAUUUUCUACAUAUCUUUCU